AUGACUGCUGAAACGACCGCUGACCAAGAUUUAGGUAACCGUCAGCCCCAACGGGCCGAGGAGCCGAAACCUUCAAGAAGAGGCCAAAUACCCGGAGAGGACAAACCUACGAUUGAAGGUUCCCCGCAGAGAAUAUGGACGUCGGAGUCGCCAGGGUUCGAGACAACCAAGUCACCACUAUCAACGUGGAACGAGCAACAGGGAGCGUUUGGGGUGGCCGACAGUGAUAUUGCGGCGGCCACCGCAGAGGCACUUAAAAAACUUUUAACCCGAGUUAAAGAGCAGCAGGCAUCUCUAGGUGAAGAGUGGAGGCGCUAUGAGGAGCUGGAGUACCGUCGCAUGCGUCUUCUCUCUGCAGGAGGGAGAAAUAUGGGACUUGCGGAUACCCACCGCGAGGGCCUGCGAGAAGCCAACGCCGAAUUCCACAGGAGCUUGGCCUAUCUCCAACAGACUGUCGAUACGCUUCAGAAACAGAUGGAUACUCUCAGUUUAGGUCGCCUAGCUUCGCGAGCUGCGCUCCUAGGUUCGGCGGACUCUCCAGGGUGGAGAAGCGGCGACGGGAGGAACUCGUCUGAACAGAGCCAACCGAGUUUUAAAGACCGGCUCGGACGGGCCCAAAAGAAUGCAGGAGACGCCAGAGGUCACAGUACAUGGGCGAAACAGGAUAGAAGUGAAGGUCGAACUUCCUCCACUGAUCUGGUAUUCGUUCAGCCGACAGAGCUGUUGGUAGUUGCAACCCGCGUGCACGAACUCUUGGGGCACCAGCAACGCCUCACAGACUUCCUGGGAUCACUCGUUUCCCUUCAGAGCCAUCGCCUGCUUCAGCAGGAAUGGCCACUUGAGUCUCAGAUCCGUGAGUUGCAGGAGAAUAACGUGUCUGCCUCGGUGCUUCCGUCACGAAUCAGGAAGGCCCGUCCACAGCGGGUGCAGUGGAGGACUUACCGACAUGCCAAGUACGCCGCCGCCAGCCGUGCGGAAGAGGCCCGCAUGACAGCAAGUGUAUUCGGGUCUUUCCCUGGAGACAAUGCAUUCUUUGGCGGACGAAUCGGGAUGAACCACCACUUCCAUGAAGUCCCUGUUCAGCCGACCAGCCCGCAGAGCGUAUCUGUGUUAGGGAAACCACCUCGCACUGUUCACGGAAGUUCUUCCGCCUCUGUGCAAACGAAAAAAGAGGAGAGGCCAAAGGGAAGACGAGGGGUUGUGGGAGGAUUUGAAGUGUUCGAUGACCCUGAAGAAACAGUCACCGCUGCCUUGCAACGCUUUUUGUACCCAGCCUAUUCACUUGCCUUCGUCGCGAACCUCGUGCCCGGCUCUGGCGGACGGCGAACUCAGGGGGUGGGGGGUCUAGCUGAAGCCACCGUUCACGGUAGAAUGGAGUGGCUGACAGAUUCCACCGUCUUUGCAGAUCGUAAGCUAAAUGAAAUUGUCGAAGAGAAAAUGACCAAACGCGCUGCACGAUCUGGUCUGCCCACAACACGGUUCGUGCCGACGGCGCCAGGCCGGGACCGUCCGUGGAACAGAAACGACGCCACGACGGAGACCCCGGUCCCUGCUGUUUUAGAUGCGGUCCGGUAUGCAGAAAAAGCGGCAAGUCUGACUGCAUUCUAUGAUCGGGUAGAGCAAGAGGGGGCAGAGGAAGCACAGAAGAAGCCGGAUGUGGGCACACCGCAGGACAUCAUUUUUCAGUACGCGUUCGACAACGUUCCCUUAGAACACAAGCGAGCCCUAUGGAAGGACUAUCUUCAAGUCCAGCUAGAAGAUCGUGGGUACGACAUUCUCCUGCCUGACGAAUCCACGGAAGGUCAGCGGAACGACGAUGACACACGUCGGCUCGCGCCUGACGUGGGCGUGUUACCCCCCGGAAUGCACUCGUCUGUAGUUGAGAAUGCUGCGGAUGGACCUGAAACCUCUCAGUUUUCUCAACAGCCGCCCGUGAAUCCGGCAGUUGAGUUGAGCUGGCUGGUUGAAGACGCUUUUGGGCAUGCGGACCGGCGGUCUUCGUCAACGCCAACCGGUCUUUUUCAGGGUUUGAUGGAUGCGAAUCUAGCCCGGGAGGCUCAGGCACGGAGCGGAAAUAAUGCUCUGAAAUUGGAGAUUCCCACACUCAACACGAAAGAGUGGGGGGCGCUUGAAUAUAGUGGAGACACAGGGAAUAUUAUCCCCUUUCUGAAAGAUGACCUCGUCUCCAGGGAACUACUGCAAGAGAUCCUACUUGUGCAGGGGGGAGUUGGCGGGGAGGAGGGCGCCGUGCUUGGCUUAGACUCGUGGGCCUUUGAAGAGAGCACAGAAAACAGCGACACUGAUUUGCUGCACGACGAAGAUUUCGAUAACAACGAAAACCUGGGAUGGGCGUGGGACUUUGUCCUCUGA